CGCUCGGGCUGCUGGCACCGCCGGCACGGGGAAUGCUGGCACCGCCGGCACGGGGCGUGCAGGGGCCGGGAGCGGGAGGGGGAGAGGCAGCGCUGGAGGAGAACCCCUUCUACGGGAAGUACCGGCACAAGAUCCAGGAGCUGCGGAGGUCCAGUCCAGAUGUGUUUGAAUCCCGUAUGGAAAAAAGAAGUGAAAUGAAAAAGCAGCCUGUGGGACAUUCCAAACAAGGAGAGUUUAUCAGAUGCAUGGAGGAAAAGGCAGAAGGCUUGGGCAGCAAGACAUCAAAGGGAGGAUUCACAAAGGAGAAGACACUUGAUUCAAUUCUUAAUGUUGAGAUGGUGAAAGAAAAAUCAGCAGAGGAGAUAACACAGAUUUGGAAUCAGUAUUUUUCUGCAAAAGACACAGUUUAUGCUGUUAUUCCUGCAGACAAGUUUGAUUUGAUGUGGAAGAGAGCCCAGAACUGUCCAUCGUUUCUGUAUGCUUUGCCAAGAAAAGAAGGCUAUGAGUUCUUUGUGGGGCAGUGGUCUGGAACAGAAUUACAUUUCACUUCCCUGAUAAAUGUUCAGACUCAAGGUGAAACUGCUCCAAGUCAGUUGGUCUUGUACCAUUAUCCGAUGCAGAAGGAGAAAGGGAUAGUACUAAUGACAGCAGAAAUGGACUCAAAGUUCUUGGUGGUCCAUGAUGCCCAGUGCUUGGCCAACCAGGUGCAGCUGUUCUAUGCCACGGAUCGCGCCGAGACCUACGGAUUAGUGGAGACCUUCAACCACAGAUCCAGUGAAUUUAAAUACAUGUCAGUUAUAGCAGAGCUUGAGCAAAGCGGGCUUGGAAGAGAACUGAGACCUGGGCAGGCUUCUGACAAGUCAUAGAGCCUGGCCUGUGGUGAAAGGAGCCAGCAGCAGACCAGGGUGUCCUAGGAGGGGUGGUCCAGUGCCUUCUGUUUUACAAUUUGGAUUUGGCCACAGAAAGAGUCUGCAGACAUCUUGGGAGAGUGACAGUCAAGCCUGUCUGGCACUGAUGCAAGAUGAGGACUUGGGCCAUUUGAACAACAGUAACUAAUUGCUAAAAAAUGGAGCCCAGCACUUCAUCAGAAAUCAGAUGUAAUCAGUUACAUCAAAUGUAACUUCAUCAGAAAGAGCCAUUUUCCCUGUCCUGUAACUUCCUGCUGCCUGCUGGAUUGUGGCGAUCUGAAAUAAAGUGACAGAAGGGGAACUCUGUAACGGGCUGUACUGACAUCAGGAAAGAGAUGACAACCAAUGUUCUCAGUAAAUGCCUUUUAAAUACCCUCCACCAUUAUAAUUGCAUGGUUCAGUGCUUUUUAAUCUGUGUGGAAUUCAUACAGGCUUGUCCAUCAAGAAGAAAGAAUAGGAGCAAUGGUCUAAGACAGACACCUCUUUGUUUCUUUGUGAGGUUUCUUACACAGAUGUAUAUUGUGGUCUGAGUUUUUCUCAGGAUUAAAAAAACAGAGUCACUAGAUUUGUUCUGGGAAUUUUCUGCUUCUUAAUUGAUAUAUUAAUUGUAUCCUGUUGUGAUGUUUCUGUCUUUGAGAUGUUUUUGAGCAGUAUGAAUGGUUUUAUUUUUUAGUGUAUUUUUAAUAGUGUAGAGGAAUCAUUGCCUGUUUUACAGGAUUAUUUUUUCUCAGGCUGGCAUCUAGUCAGCCAACUCACAAAUGACAUUUGAAGGAACAAAAAAUAACUCUUGUUCCCACUUCAGGAAAGGCACUAUCCAUAAUAAAGGAAAGAUGGACUGGCAUAGUGACAAAGAGAGUCACCAGCCAGCUUCUUGUUUGUCAAGUGAAAGAAAUGUCUUGGUAUGAAGUCUCUGUCUAUGGCAGAGCUGCUUUAACACAGCAGUGUUGGUAAGAGCCUGGCUUUACAGACUGCAGCAGACUGGGGGUGUAAAACCUGCCCCAAGUAAAAGAAUCCCAAAACUGAU